AUGGCAGUCUCUUAUUCGAGCAUCGGUCAGAAAGUACGCCGGAAAGCGAGAGGCAGACUCGACCCUCAUCAAUUGUUUGCGACUAAGCGACGAAGACUAGACACAGCAGAGAGUCGACAGCACAACAGCGAGCUACGAAAGUUGAUCACGAGUCAAGCGGCCGAGACCGUCCAAAAGAUGCUGAUCCAGAGUUCUCAUCUCGCUGGCCAUUUUCAAGAUGCGCUUGGCCGUGUGUCCCUUUCGUCGGAAGUCCUGCGCGACGAGAUUCUGCAGGAAUUGAUGCGAACGAAAGAGGAGCUUCAGCGUGAGCUGAAGACCGAUUUCUGGCGCAAUGUGAACUCAUCAACAUUGCUCACAACGCCCGACCUAUCGAAUCCGGAACGUUAUGCGCGGAUUCGAUCACGUUCAAAGAGAAACGCCCCUGUAAGAUACACCAAAGCUGUUGUGCGAUGGCUACCUGACGACCCAAGUCCCGACGGAAGCAAUCCGGACUCGAACCAGGACGAGCAUCUGGUACAGCUCCUGACAGCCGACCGGAUCUGGAAGGCUGGCUCUUGA